UGUGUCGGAUAUGCUUAAAAAAUCAUAUUUAAACAUCGAUCAAGGAUUUCCAAAUUGAUAGGACGUUAGCGACCCUGGUAGUUCAUUCAUUAUAUAGUUAAAUAAAGCUUGUUAGUGGUAUUCGGUUAUCUGUCGAGUGUGUGCCAACUGUAGUUUGUCCAACAGAAGGAAAAUAUGACAUCAAGCUCAACACCAGGUUCAAUAUCUGGACGUGAGUUAGACGCGGAAAGAUAUGUUAUUCGUUCCGGGUUGGCGGUAGUGAUCAAUAACUCAGAAUUUGUUAGAAACUUAAACUUACCUGACCGUCCUUGCAGCCUAGAAAACGAAGCAGAACCUCUAGAAGAGAUAUUCAAGGACCUUGGUUUUAAGACUUCAAUUUUAACUGAUGUUACAAAGGAGGAUAUGGAGAACAAAUUUGAUGAAAUAAAGAGUAACUUAGCUAGGAAAUCAGAAAAGAUAGAUUGCCUAAUCAUAGCUAUGUUAACGCAUGGUAAUGCUGACAGUGUUUAUACACAGGACCAAGCUGUUCAAGUCGACAGUAUUAUGAGCUACUUCAGUGCAGAAAACUGUGCAGAACUUAUUCUGAAGCCCAAAAUUUUUAUUUUUCAGGCUUCUAGACAACCAUCUCGAAGUAGUGGUGCUGGCAUUGGCGAUGAAAAAGUACAACAGAAAGAGGUUCAUGUUCCCGAAGGUGUAGAAAUUGUUCGUAUUCCAAAUGAAGCAGAUUUCCUUGCAGUUUAUUCUACAGCAUUAGGUGAAAGAUCCUUCCAACAGACAGAGAGCGCAUCACCAUUUUCACAGCAUCUAAUAGAUGAGCUCAAAAAUAUGGGUAGUGAUGAAGAUUUCUACAGUGUUUUGACCAGAGUAAAUAAUCAAGUAAUGCAAUUUGAGCCUAGUCAUGGAGCAAGUAAAGAUAUUAGACAGAUGUCAUGUUUUGUUUCACACCUGACGAAGGAUUUGUAUCUGAGACAGAACAAGACACAUGAUUAACUUCCGCAAGAAUUUCAACAUUCUUAUGAAAACCAUGUUGGUUUGGCUUUACUGUGAUAUGGUAUUCAAAAAUGUAUUUUAUAUAGGGGAAAAAAGUUGUUUUGAUUUAAAAUAAACUGAUACAUCACUUGCUUUUGUUACAUAGUGUUAGGAAUUUAUCUAGAUCAAGUAUUUAUAUUAUUCAAUAAUAAUUGUAAAGUAAAUACCUUUAAUGCUGUUAUUCAGUUAAAAGUUUAGUGUAACCAAUACUUUAUUGUAAAAUGAAAAUAACUGGUAUACUUAAAACAAAAAACAAAAUUGAUUCAGAAGCAAGCAAUUGGUGCUUAAACUAAUCUGUUUCCUGUUAAUUUCAAGUAUACACAACAUGAAUAGUUUUAAUAAUAAAUAGUUUACAGGGUUAAUAUUACUGACAGUCUUUUUACACGGUUGUUAAUGACUAUUUUUUCCCGUAUUUACGGUUAAAAUGAAAAUCCCUUUAACGAUGUUCAAUUGUAUAAAAUUAGAGACAAAGAGCUUGAAACUAUCUUCAAUUCCUCAUUCCUCUAAAAAGAGUCUGCAGAUUUUAUUUUUUUCCUAAAAGCGACAUGUUCAGACAAAUUGUGAACAAAUUCAUGAACGAUAAUUUGAUUGACUGAUAGAUUUAUUUUCAAAUCAAUAUGUUACAAAACUAUCUUGAAGGUACAAUGUAUGUAAACAAAUUCGACAAGCUAAAUUAUGAAUAUAUCAAAUCUAUGAAACUAAAAAAAAAGAUGUACAGCAACAAAAAUAGAUUUUUAGGACAAAUCUAUUGAUUACUUUUUCUUAAAUUUUAAAAACGUUUUCCCACGAGUUUUAACGUAUUCUCUAAAACUUAGCACAUAUUUAUUAUAAUAUCUUAACAACAAAUAGAUUAAAGCAUUUUUUUCUAAUUCAAGCUAAAGUUUGAAAUCCCGAAGUUAAUUACAAAGUAUGUAUUAAAGAAUGUCUUUAUAUUACAAACUUUUAAUGAUAUAUUUUUUGUAUAUACAUGUCUUUUUGUAUAAUUUUUUUUUAUUAAAAUCAUAACAAACCGAAGGCCAUAGAAAAAUAUGGUUUUUAUUCUGUUCUGAAUCUUACUAUUAUUGUAUGUUGAACUUUAUGUUUUUUUCAAAAAAAAAAUAUUAUAAAUUCACCAUGUAGGCUGCUCUACAUAGAAGCACUUUGAAUUGAGAGUAAAUCAACUUUCAUCACUUUUCCAGAAAUUGUUUCGAAUUGUUUUGUUGCUGCAUUGAUUUCUACUUUUCAUCUAGUGUAUUUGUUUCAUAUAUUGUAUCUGCUCGUCUAUAGAUGCAUAAACUGUUACUGAUGUAAUUCAGUGUGUAUAUUAAAUAACAUGUAAAUUUUCAAUAAAAACCAAGUCUUGAUAA